AGACUCUCAGGAUUGGCGAUUUCGGUCACUCUGUCGCGCUGCCCCUCCAAGAGAAUGAAAGUGAUGGACUGGAAGGCGAUCAUUGUUAUAUGGCCAGAGAGCUCCUUGACGGUCAUUGCGGUGUGUUUUCAGACAUCUUUAGCCUCGGAAUGAUAAUCUAUGAGAUGAUCAGCAAUCGAUGUGAUGAACUUCCAGGAUAUGGCUCUGAAUGGCAUUACUUGCGCAGCGGAGAACCCAUUUUCUGUGAAUCUCGUAGUGUUGUCGCAGGGAUUGGCUCGGAAUCAAGCUCAGGCUCAAGCUCAGGCUCUGGCACAAGCUCAGGCUCUGGCACAAGCUCAAGACCUGAAUUAUCGACGAUCAGCAGUAGAUAUGAACGGUUUUCAGUGGAACUAUUAAGCCUUGUUCAAUACAUGAUGCAACCCACUUUCGAGAAGCGACCUCAAGCGACAGAGAUUUCAGUCAUUGCUUCUCGUUUUGAUACCCAUUUUAGCAGAGAAAACAAAGGUCAUCUCGCAUGACUUGUAAAUAAACUAUUUUAUUAAAUGAAAA